AUGGCUACUGUUCGCCUGCCUCAGUGUCGCAAAGCUUGUGCUGGGAAGGAAGGCUAUGAAAUCAACACCAUCAAGCAGGCUAUGAUGCGAAUUGAAGCGAACACUUGUAUUCGAUUCCGACCGAGAAGCUCUGAAUGGGAUUACAUUUUCAUUGUUAACAGAGAUGGCGAAGGAUGCAUGGAGACGCAUAUCGUUCAACAUGAACUGUUGCACGUUAUUGGACUAUGGCAUGAGCACAUGCGAUAUGAUAGAGAUCAAUAUAUCACAGUAUUUCGUCAGAACAUUGCACCAGGUUACGCAAGCCAAUUCAAGAAGAUUUCAUCAAGUGAGUCGACAGUGUACGGCUUACCCUACGACUAUACAUCAAUCAUGCACUACGCGAAGACAGCGUUUGCUAUCCCGGGAACAAUUACCAUGAAGACACGGGAUCCCCGAUACAUGAACGUGAUUGGUCGACAAAGAGACGCCUCACGAAGUGAUUAUCUGAAAGUCUGCCAAAUCUACGGUUGUAACCAAUGCAAUGGUGAAGGUACACGUCCAGAAGGAGGCGAAAGUAACCACUACUGGAUAUUUUUCUCUACUCAAGCGUUUUUGCCCCAGAAAACGAAUGAGCUUUUGCCUAUAUGUCUUAACAACCUUGUAGAAUGUAUUGACAAAUUUUCACAGCUCUGUGUUGUUGUGAAACAGCAUGGACUGUUGGACUGCAAUGGAAAUAGUAAAGGAUACUGCUGUGCCACUUGCAAAGCCAUAACUCAAUGA